GAUAACAAGAUAGAAAACGCGUGAAUCUGUUCACACACCAGCUACCACAAAGUUGAAAAAAAAGGCAACCAAAACCCCAUACCCCCUCCCCACCUCCACCAUAUCAUCUUUUUUCUCUCUCGCUCUGUCUCUCUCAAAACUCACACUCUCCACUCUCUCACCACUCUGCACUUUCUCUCUCUAAACCACCAUAACCAUGGCAGUGAGCAACAACAUAACCUCAGUCCUGAACUUCAUAGCCUUCCUCUCCUCCAUCCCAAUAAUCGCCUCGGGAGUCUGGCUCGCCUCCAAGCCAGACAACGAGUGCAUCCACUGGAUCCGAUGGCCACUCGUCUUCCUCGGCAUCUCCAUCCUUCUAGUCUCCCUCACCGGCUUCGUAGGCUCCUACUGGAACAAAGAAUGCCUCCUCGCCUUCUACCUCAUCUGUAUGGCGGUUCUCAUCGGGGCCCUCCUCAUCAUCCUCGUCCUCGCCUUCGUCGUCACUCGUCCCGACGGCUCUUACUCUGUCGAGGGCCGUGCUUUCCGCGAGUACCGUCUCGGCGGAUUCUCGGCCUGGCUCAGAAAUCACAUCACCAAUUCGGACAAUUGGGGGAAAAUUAGGGCGUGUCUCGCUGAGUCCAAUUUUUGUGCUAAGCUCGAUCGGGAGUAUAUCUCUGCUGACCAGUUCUUCGCGUCUCGUAGUAUCUCUCCUCUUCAGUCAGGAUGUUGCAAGCCCCCAACAAUCUGUGGGUACCAGUAUGUGAACCCAACAAUGUGGAUUAACCCGGUUAACACACUCUCGGAUCCGGAUUGCUCUAUCUGGAACAAUGACCAGAGCCUAUUGUGCUAUAGUUGUGAUUCUUGCAAAGCUGGUCUGCUUGGGAACCUCAGAAAAGAAUGGAGGAGAGUUAAUGUGAUCUUGAUUAUUGCAGUUGUUGUUCUAAUCUGGGUUUAUCUCAUUGCUUGCAGUGCGUUCAAGAACGCCCAAACAGAGGAUCUCUUCCGCCGAUACAAACAGGGUUGGGUUUGAUCUUGUUCCCAAACACAUCCACUUCUCGAAAAUUAUGGUUUUGGGUUGUUUCACGUUUUCUCUACUUAGUGCAAGUGUCUUUGUCACUUUUGUAUAUAUUCCUUAGAUAUGGACUGAAUUUAAAGACAAGUUGGGUCAUCCUUUUAAUUUGCAUUCUAUGUAUUCUUUUAGGUAAAUUAUACUUUUCAUUCUCAUAGGUUGAUCCAAA